ACAAUACCCUGCCAGAUGUCUGCCCUGCACCCCACGACACCAAUCUUCCACUUGCAUGCUCGAAAAAACAGUUAUUAUAUCAUAAUUACUAGCAGCAUCAUCACUAUUGACUGCCGCGAGAGUUUUGCGUUAAGCGCUUUUGAAUGUACUCAACAUGUAAACAAAACAAUAAUAAAACAAGCUGGCAAUACUGUAAUACUGCAAAAUUCAAAUCAUGAACAGCUGUUAUUGGCCUCCACGACCUUGAGAGGAAAACCGAGGCAAAUUAAAGCAAUGAAAAACAGGUGGUCUCUGUCGUCUAUUUUCAAAUGUAGUGUCAGGAAAUAUUUGAACUCGUUACAACGUUACAACAAAGAAGGCAAAAUGUUGGCGACAACAGCAACAGGCAAUUCCAAUGCAAAUUCCAAUAAAGUGAUCAAACCAUACUUGGCAGCUUUUGAUUUUGACUAUACGGUAGUGGCUCAAAACACUGACACCGUGAUUCGAGAUCUCUUGCCACCCAAUAAGCUGACUAAAGAUUUGCACGACAUCAUUGAGCUUGGAGGAUGGACAGAAUAUAUGGCGGAAGUGUUUCGACGUUUACAUGCCUCGGAGAUAAAGGCGGAAAAAAUUCUACAAACAAUUCAUGGCAUACCCGAAGUUCCAGGCUUUCAAAGAAUGUUGAAACGGCUCAAAACUAAAUACAAUUGCGAUUUGAUAGUCAUCAGCGAUUCAAAUAGUCUCUUUAUAGAGGAGUGGCUCAAGUUCCAUGGACUAGCGGAGUAUUUUACAAAAAUAUUUACCAAUCCUGCCCGAUUUGAAGAUAAUGGCUUACUGACCAUACAACCGUUUCAUCAUCAAACGGACUGUCGCAUGAGUUCAGUGAAUUUGUGCAAAGGCAAGGUCUUGGAGCAUUUUCUAAUCGAACAGGAUCUUCGUUUGAAUCUCUCCUACGAUCGUGUCAUCUAUGUGGGAGAUGGCAACAAUGAUAUAUGCCCCGUGACAAAGCUAAGGUCGCGUGAUUUGGCCUGUCCCCGAGAAGGCUUUUCCAUGGAAAGAACACUAACCAAAAAUCCCCUUAAAUUAAAGGUGCGUGCCGAAUUGUUGACAUGGAAGACAGGCUUCGAUCUAUUGGAUAAACUCGAAAGGCACAUGGAGAAGAAUGAAAAACUAAACCAACAAGAGAAGAUAAAGCAUAAUAAGACACUGGAAAAUACAUCCUCUGCAUAUGAUGGCCCUGCAAAGUAAACUUAAUUGUAUGUAGUGGUGUGUAUGUAAAUAUCUUUAAACAUAAGAAUCUGUAUAGUUGUUUAAAUUCAAUCUAUGUUAACGAUGUGAAAGAGAUUGGCAUUUGUCUGACUGUUAGUAUAAAUUGCGCAUUGGAUAUCAUUCCCGCCAAAAGUUAUUGUAAACUGAUUACAAAGUAAAUAAAUCAAAUGCAAGCCAA